UAAAUGCAAACACUGGUGCUGUGUGAGGUCUAAAUCAUCCAUGACCUAGGCAGGAACCUCUUGGGGAGGGCAGUGGUUCAUCGUAAUCAGACACCGUAAACACCUUAGUUCUGACUCUAGCAUUGAAUCUGCAUUGGCUUUGAUAUCCGUCAUUCUGUUUGGUGGCAGUGGACCUAUACACCUCAGAAAGGUGAGCAAGAGUUGCCCCUUUAUGAGCAGAAAAGGGAAGUACCUCAUCUUUGUAGUUCCACAGGACCACAACAUGAACAUCCUUUCAUGCCGUCUUGCCAUGGCCAGCUCAAUGUAGAAGCCUCUGUGUAUGCUGCUUAUGGGUGGGAGAUUCUGGUAGAAUCAUAACCUAUUUCUAGGAUAUCGGGUACUAUUUUUGGAAGAAUUCUGGACUGGUGCCCAGGAUAUAAGGGGAGAGAAUUUAAACUACUGUUAAUUUAAUCUCAUCCCAGUUGGCUAAAUCCUGAGCACUUUAAGACUGGUGCCUGUGAAGCUUAAAUGAAAUUUUUUUUUCCACGGUUUUUCUUAAGUUUUUGUCAGGUUGUUUUAUUGCUUUUGGAAGUUUUCUUUAAGUUCAACACAAACUUUCUCUCCUCGAUGGGUCUGAUGCAAUUGUUUAAAUUCCUAUUGAUCCCUAGUAUGAACUGACACAGCAGUACGUACAUUUCCCUUUCUGUUGUCCUUAUGAACACUAAAUGAAGGUGAGCAGAAAGCAGUGUGAAUCCUCUGUGUAUAGAAACUAUUCAAAGUGCUUUGGUUAUAACAUCUAUUGCUGCUUGUGAGAUUGAACUAUUGAAAUUGAAACCUAAAACCAGUUUCCUUUUCUCUCAAAUCUCUUCCCACAUUCUAUAUUAACCAAAUCUGUAGAAAUUAGCCCACCUAAAUAUGAUAUCUGGGGGAAAAAAUUGUCGAAGUCCUGUAUGACAAAAACAUCUUUGUUCAUGCUUUCAUUUGACUUUUAGCUAUACUAGUUUUCAUGUAUAUCAUAGGAUAGGGCAGGAUGUAUGUGUCAUAAUUGUUAAUUAUUUGGUUGCUGAUAACUGGCAACUUGGAUUAUUGCAAGCACUUGAACUGUGUAAGUAAAAGUUGACCACCUAGCACCCAUGUUUCCUGAAAGUGUUUAAAGAGGGAAUUUGAGAAAUUUGCAUAUAGAGAUGAGUCAGAUGCAUGGAACAGCUGCUGGAAGUCAAGAUUUGCUAGCUUGUGAAACCUGUGGAAGACAUUUUGCACAAGAUGUUCUGUUAAGGCACGAGCCAAUAUGCAGGAAAGUCUUCAACAAAAAGCGCAAAACUUUCAAUUCUUUGAAACAGAGACUGCAGGGAACUGAAAUUCCCUCAGUGAAGAAACAGCCACCACCAAAGAAACAACCAGAAAAGAAAUCCAACUGGAGACAGCUGCAUGAGGACUUUAUUAAUGCUAUUCAGUCAGCCAAGCAAGCCACAAAAGCCAUGAAAGAGGGCCGACCCCUUCCUCCUCCUCCACCUCCAAGCGUCAAUCCAGACUAUAUUCAGUGUCCCUACUGCUUGAGAAGGUUUAAUGAAGCUGCAGCAGAGAGGCACAUCAGUUUUUGCAAAGAACAAGCUACACGACGUGUCUUUGCACCAGGCCAGAAAGCAGCCAAACAGGCCCCGGGCAAGCAACAAAUGACUCAAAGGAGAGAACCAACCUUAACAAGUGCUGUGGAAUCACUCCUUCAGAACAGAGCCCAAGAAGCUGCCAUUGCAGGACCUGCUGUGCAGUCCUCUGCUGGAAUGCCAGAGAGAACCAAAAAAACAUCCGGUGCACCCUUUGGAAAAAAUACUUCAGGAGAUUCUCGACUCCCAGCACAAAGCAGAAGAUAAGGUGGCAGAUCACCCAUGACUUGAAAUGGCUGCCUUUACUUGUACAGCAUUGCUACUGAAGAUCCUAGGAAAACAGUUCCAUAAAACCAUCUGCAUUCCAACUUGUCACACAGUUUAUUACACGGAAGACAACUGU